AUGGCUUCUAAUUAUGUCGAAAAAUCGUCUGGUCUGCGCUUUGGUGAUCUAGGCAAAUUACCAAAACGGAUGCUGGCACCAAUUGAAGGUUUUGAAAAUAUGCCCAUCGUAACCCUGGAAGAAGCUGUGAAACCUCUUAUAGACAUCGUACCCAAGAUUGAACGUAAUGUAUUUAUUGUGAAGCAGAAUUGUCAGGAGCCAGAAGAUAAUCUGACGACUGACGAAUCUGCUUCCAUCAUGCUCUAUACGUACGAGUCGAUGCCGCAGGAGAAUUCUCUCUAUAUUAUUUUAAACGCAACUCUACGCUCUGAACAACGAAAAAAACUAACUCCUUGGUUUCUUUACUUGCGUCUCAUAUUAACAGCGUUGGCUCGGCUUCGCUCAGAGCGUUGCUUUGUCAACCGAGGCGUCAGAGAAGAUCUAAGAGCACAAUAUCCGAGAGGUGCAAGUUUUAUUUGGUGGGGUUUUUCGUCGUGCACUUCAUCUAUCGAAGUGCUUGAAAAUGAGCAAUUUUUUGGUAAAUCUGGAACCAGAACUCUGUUUCAAAUCGACUGUCAUACUGGUAAAAAUAUUAAGAACCAUUCAUUCAUACCGUCCGAAGAUGAAAUCCUUCUCCUGCCAGCUAGACAAUUUACUGUAAAAGGUUGGCUCGACUCCGGCAAUGGACUUCAUAUAAUACAGCUUGAAGAGAUAGAUCCAGCGUAUCCUCUUAUUGAACCAGUUUCCGUGCCAAAAUCAAUAAUAAAAUCUAAGCCAGCUGAGAAAGCUACGAAAACUGAUCUACCAGCAAAAUUUGCUGAGAAAUUGGUCUUAGAAAGCAAGCCAACCACUCAACCGAAAUCUUCAAAAAAAGCAGAAUUCGCUGUACCAGGUGAUUUCAAGGAACAAUAUCAAGAUUAUUCAUUUUUCAUAGGAUGA